CUCAGGCAACCGGCCUCAGACUGUGCAAAUUCUGGGUCUUUUGUUGUUUCUGAUGCAGGCUAAUAAAGUUUUUCUUUCUUUUAUUUUUUUCUUCCAGUUUUAACGGGGGAAAUUAACACCCCGGGGCCACCGGGUUAGUCGCGCUGCCUGGGCCAGGGGGCGCCUCUGGCCGGGGUACGCCGUGGGAAGGGGCGCGAGCGGCCAGGGCUGGUUUUGCGAGGACUCCAGGCGGGAGGGGAGCCGCGGGGCUGCGUUGGCUGCGCCCCGGCCGGAUCGGCGGCGUCGCCGAUUUUAAAUAGCAUCCUUCGGAUUUGCCUCCGCAUCCCCACUACCUGAUCUUGGCGCUGCCUGGGCUCCCGCAUCCUCUCCCUAGGUCUCUUCCAAACGAUCACCUCACGGAUUCCUUAUGGAUCGCAGCUCCAAGAGGAGGCAGGUGAAGCCUUUGGCGGCUUCUCUGCUAGAAGCUCUCGAUUAUGAUAGUUCAGAUGACAGUGAUUUUAAAGUUGGAGAUGCUUCAGAUUCUGAAGGGAGUGGUAAUGGAAGUGAAGAUCCAUCAAAGGACAGUGGAGAAGGCUCCUGUAGUGAUUCUGAAGAAAAUAUUUUAGAAGAAGAACUGAAUGAAGAUAUUAAAGUAAAAGAAGAACAAAUUAAAAAUUCUGCAGAGGAAGAAAUACUGUCAUCAGAAAAACAGUUAAUUAAAAUUGAAAAAAAGGAGGAAGAAGAGAAUGGAGAAAGACCUAGAAAGAAAAAGGAGAAGGAGAAGGAUAAAGAAAAGGGAAAAGAGAAGGAGAAAGAAAAAGAGAAAGAGAGAGAAAAGGAAAAAGAAAAAGCAACAGUGUCCGAUAAUGUGGCAGCGUCUACUACUGCCACGACCCCUGCCAUGAGUCCUCAUGCCGUUAAUGCAUCCCCUUCUGUCCCCAGUACGACAAACACUACAGAGGAGCAAGUUAGUGAGCCAAAAAAGUGGAACCUUCGUCGAAACCGACCACUGUUGGAUUUUGUAUCCAUGGAAGAGCUUAAUGACAUGGAUGACUAUGACAGUGAGGAUGACAAUGAUUGGCGACCUACUGUAGUAAAGAGAAAGGGAAGAUCUGCCUCACAGAAAGAGGGAAGUGAUGGAGACAAUGAGGAUGAUGAAGAUGAGGGAAGUGGGAGUGAUGAGGAUGAGAAUGAUGAAGGCAAUGACGAAGAUCAUAGCAGCCCUGCCAGUGAAGGGGUUUGCAAGAAGAAGAAGAGUAAAGUUCUUAGCAGAAACAGUGCUGAUGAUGAAGAACUGACCAAUGAUAGCCUGACACUAUCUCAAAGCAAGAGUAAUGAGGACUCGCUGAUUCUUGAGAAGAGUCAAAACUGGAGUUCUCAAAAAAUGGACCAUAUUCUGAUUUGCUGUGUUUGCCUUGGAGAUAAUAGCGAGGAUGCUGAUGAAAUAAUUCAGUGUGACAAUUGCGGCAUUACAGUCCAUGAAGGUUGCUAUGGAGUUGAUGGUGAGAGUGACUCUAUUAUGAGUUCAGCUUCUGAAAACUCCACUGAACCUUGGUUUUGUGAUGCCUGUAAAUGUGGUGUUUCCCCUAGCUGUGAACUAUGUCCCAAUCAGGAUGGAAUUUUCAAGGAGACAGAUGCUGGAAGAUGGGUUCACAUUGUUUGUGCCCUGUAUGUUCCUGGAGUAGCCUUUGGAGAUAUUGACAAGUUACGUCCGGUAACGCUGACAGAAAUGAACUAUUCCAAAUAUGGUGCUAAGGAGUGUAGUUUCUGUGAAGACCCUCGUUUUGCUAGAACUGGAGUUUGCAUUAGCUGUGAUGCAGGAAUGUGCAGAGCCUAUUUUCAUGUGACCUGUGCGCAGAAGGAAGGUCUGCUUUCAGAGGCAGCAGCAGAAGAGGAUAUAGCAGAUCCAUUUUUUGCUUAUUGUAAGCAACAUGCAGAUAGGUUAGACAGAAAAUGGAAGAGAAAAAACUACUUGGCUCUACAAUCCUAUUGUAAAAUGUCUUUGCAAGAGAGGGAGAAACAACUAUCACCAGAAGCACAGGCGAGGAUCAAUGCCCGGCUUCAACAGUAUCGUGCGAAAGCAGAGCUAGCUCGAUCUACUAGGCCGCAGGCCUGGGUUCCAAGGGAAAAACUGCCCAGACCACUCACUAGUAGUGCUUCAGCCAUUCGUAAACUGAUGCGGAAAGCAGAACUUAUGGGUAUCAGCACAGAUAUCUUCCCAGUGGACAAUUCAGAUACUAGUUCUAGUGUGGAUGGAAGGAGAAAGCAUAAGCAGCCAGCUCUCACCGCUGAUUUUGUGAAUUAUUAUUUUGAGAGAAAUAUGCGCAUGAUUCAAAUUCAGGAAAAUAUGGCUGAACAAAAGAAUAUAAAGGAUAAAUUAGAAAAUGAACAAGAAAAGCUUCAUGUGGAAUAUAAUAAGCUGUGUGAAUCUUUAGAAGAACUACAGAAUCUGAAUGGAAAACUUCGAAGUGAAGGGCAAGGAAUAUGGGCCUUGCUAGGCAGAAUCACAGGGCAGAAGUUGAACAUACCAGCAAUUUUGCGAGCACCGAAGGAGAGAAAACCAAGUAAAAAAGAAGGAGGUACACAAAAGACAUGUACUCUUCCAGCAGUACUUUACAGUUGUGGAAUUUGUAAGAAGAACCAUGAUCAGCAUCUUCUUUUGUUAUGUGAUACCUGCAAACUCCAUUACCAUCUUGGAUGUCUGGACCCACCUCUAACACGGAUGCCAAGAAAGACCAAAAACAGUUAUUGGCAAUGCUCAGAAUGUGACCAGGCAGGGAGCAGUGACAUGGAAGCAGAUAUGGCCAUGGAAACCUUACCAGAUGGGACCAAACGAUCAAGGAGACAGAUUAAGGAACCAGUGAAAUUUGUUCCACAGGAUGUGCCACCAGAACCCAAGAAGAUUCCAAUAAGAAACACGAGAACCAGAGGACGAAAACGAAGCUUCGUUCCUGAGGAAGAGAAACAUGAGGAAAGAGUUCCUAGAGAAAGAAGACAAAGGCAGUCUGUAUUACAAAAGAAGCCCAAGGCUGAGGAUUUAAGAACUGAAUGUGCAACUUGCAAGGGAACUGGAGACAAUGAAAAUCUUGUCAGAAAUGAUGGAUGUACAAAGUCCUCUUCCUUGGUUUUGCCUUGUUAAGAAGAUAACAUCAUAAAUUUUCUGCAAAGGUUUUAAAGAGAUACCCUUCAUGAGACCCAACUCUGCCACAGCUCAUCCUCGGAGGCAAUCCCGGAAACCUCUUUUAUAAGUGUGAUUUUAAAAAUGUGGAUAAAACUCUCAAUAGAAUCCAUAAAGUAAAGGAGAACAGCUAUCUUGUCCUUUCCAUAAGCUUAUCACUGCAAAAAGUUUCAUUUGCUUGUCAGGUUUGGAUAGAAUAUAAUUGAUUGGUUUGUUACUUAGACUGACAAGGCAGUUAAUUUGCCUGUGUGGAUUUUUUCUUUUUUGCACUAAUCAGAAACAUUUGAUAUGUGCAUUGUUGAAAAAUACUGGAUAAAUGUCUCAUCAGAAUUGUCCUAUUAAGUAAUGUCUUUUCCCCCUGCUUUUUUUGGCGUAUGAUGAUAUACAGUGUUUGGACUUACUGAAGAGUUUUGGAAGCCUGUGAGACUUAAAUGCAAUAUGCUACUCUCUGUUGUUGAACAAUACCAGUAACAAACAAGAAAAGAAUGCUUCCCAUUAGUCUGCUAUUCUGUUUCAUCCAACUUAAUACAUUUAUUCAUAUAUGAAAUGCUGCGUUGUGGAACAACUAUAGACUCUUAUAUUAAACGUAUUUCCAUUUAUAAUAUUCAGUAAAAGUGAAAGGCUUGUGAAGCUGUGACAUUCUAGAUUUGACUCACUAGUCCUAGUAUGAAGGCACUAGUAUUAUUAGCAUGAGAUUCUUUUUUAAAUUUCAGAUUUCAAGUCCAUGAAUAAGAGUAUAUCUGUGUUGGUCUCUAGAUAAUUUUUAGUAAUACCCAAAUUUAUUCAGUCUUUAUUGUUUUAAUAUGGACUUGCUGUGUUCAGUAUAAUUUCAUUUUCUCAACAUUAAAUAUGAAAUUAUGAAAUAAGGAGGGAGAUACAGAGCUUAUUGACUAUACAACCUACCAGCUGAGAGAUCUUCAUCAACAUGUGUGUAUUUCCAGAGGUUUACAGAAUUAAAAUUUGAUCUUCAAGCUUUAAUGAUCCAGUUUUAACUCAACGACAGAAAUAUGUUGAAUAUUCCAUCAUUCCAUCUUGAACUGAUUUAGAAGAGACUCUUUGCUGAAAUUCAAAUGCACAUGUACAUGUAAAUUGUCAACAUGCCUCUUGGAAUUCCCGGAUUUAUAAAUGUGGUUUUGGACAUCUUUUCACGUUUGGUGGCAAUUGAAGCUAGUUUAAACUUUAGGAAUAGAGCUGGCAAUGUUAUAGAUAAUCAAAAACAAGUGUAAAUAUAAAGUUGCUGUAUGCUAGUAAUCUAUAGUUAUAGUAAGGAACCAUACAUUUGGGUAAUAUGUUUAAUAAAAUAACAUAAUGUGUAUAAAGUUAUGUAUAAACUGAGGUUAUUAAUUUAUUGAAAGAUCUCUUACAACUUUGGAGGAAAAAUAUUAAUCAUCUGUAGUAAAACCAGUAAACUUUUUUUUUUAAAGAAUAAGAAAGGACUAAUUAUCACUAUAUAAGCUUAAGAAAAAGUAGGUAAUUAUUACUCUUGCUGAAUUCCAGCUGAUUUUAAGAAAAAUGCCAGAUACCCAUUUUCUUAAUGGAAUAUACUAAUGAAUUAGGACCUGGCCCUCCUUUAGUAUAUGGUGAGAAUUACUGUUGGUCAUUUUAUUUUAGGUCUUUUUUGAGAAUCAUUAAUCCUUCUGGUUUUGGUAUCACUUGUUAAUCAAAAUCGUUUCCACCUUCAUUGCAAUUAGAAUAUUAAUUAUCAUCAUUGUCCAUCUUGUAAUCUUACGUGGUGAUUAUGCUAUUCCAUAUUUUGGUGCUAACCUAAGAAUCUUUGUUACACAUCACAAAUAUAAACCACAUAUUUUAUAAGAUAAAUCUGGAAAGAAUGUGGUUGGAGUAGGAAAACUUUCAGUGAAAGGAGUAGAAUGAAACACUUUCUCUCUCCUGAUUAAUCAAUCUCCUAAAUGCUUUUCUGUUUUCAACAGCAUAAAUUAACCUUUGUCCAUAAUUGGUCCACUUGCUAUUCAAAGAAGACUUAAUUUGUACUUCAAUAUGCACUAAAUGGUUCAUAUUUCACACACAUAUGUAAGAAGAAAACAGCAUGUCAGGUAAAUGAUGGUUAUUUGUCACACAAUAGGAAAAGGAACACAGAAAUAAAAUAUGAAGGAAAUUAAAUUACUUUGAAAUGUGAGAAGGAUGACAUAGUUUUAUAUAGCAGUGGUUCUCAAACCAAGGAAGGAUUUGUUAAAACAGAUUUCUGCCCUAUUCCCUUACUGUUGCCCCCACCCCCCACCCCAGAGUUUCUGAUUCAGUGGGUCUGAGAUAAGGCCUGGAAAUUUUGCAUUUCUAACCAGUUCCCAAGUGAUACUGAUGCUGCUGGCUGGAGACUCCACUUUGAGAACCAUGUGUAUAUAGUAUUGAAAAAAAAAAAAACCCUUGUAUUUUGUUCAACAUUGAUAAAAGAAUAUGUCUUAAGUCUCCUUAGAAGGGCAGAGUUUCAAAAAUAUUUGCUUCUAGAUAAAAGAAUUUAUAACAUGUAAAAUACAAUUUCUUUAUAUUUGUAAAUUCAGUUAAAUAUUUAUUUUAUACCUAUUGUGGGGACAGCAGUUGAAUGAUUAUUUGAGAUGAAUUAAGGAACUCUGAAAGAACAUAGCCUUUGUCCAUAAUUCAGUAAUUCUUUGUAAAAACAGACUUGAAAUCAGUAUUAUGUUUGAACAUGAAAACAAAAUUUAGCUUUAACUUUAAUCCAUCUUGUUUAUAAAUUAUAUUUAUGCAUUAUCAUUAUGUCAGUCAUUUGUCUCUUGAAUAUUUUGUUUUUGCAUUUAUGUUGUUAAAAAUAAUUGCUGACCAAUAAAUGAUAAGAAUAUUCGCACUCGUGAUCAUAUUUCCCUGUUUUUACCUCUUAUUUAAACACUUUAAGUCACUAAUUUGACAAAACUCACCAAAUAUUUACUUGACUCACAAUAUGGGUAUAUUUUCUAAAUAUUUCACCAAAAUAAUUCAUAAAGACUCUGCAGCAGAGAGUAGGCUACUUUUGUUAUUUAAAAAAAUUUUUUUUUUUUUAGUUUAUGGAGUUGUUUUUGACUAUUAAAACUCUUUUUAAGAGACUCAGCUUUAGAGUCACGUGGCAUCAUAUGAAGCAGAAUUUUUUUCCUGCUAAUCUGAGUCAGCACUUUGCAAAUUUACAUAAUAUUAAGGAUUGGGAUUUACAAUAUUUCUGAGAUAGACAUGCUUUGCAAAUAGUUCUCCUUUAUUAAAAUGUAUACCUCUUUCCCCCAGUGCUUACUGUAAGACACUCUGCAGGCCUGCUGAUAAGACUCACUGCUGCUCUGGUACAAAGGAUAUAAUGAAAUUGGAUUCUCAUGCUGGGCUUUGUAAAUAAAGUGAGAUUGACCUCCUAGAUAUUAUCUCAUUUACCUGAUUUACAUUGUAAAAUCAGGAUCUACACUGUUGAUUAGAGUGUAAAUUAGUUAAUUAUGAACAGGGAAAUACAAAGUUAUGUGGGGCUUGAGCACAGCAGGUUGUACUGCUGAAAAAUUUCCAAGGGCAUGAGCAGAUGGAGAUCAGUUUAUUAAAGAACAUAGCAGACGUGUUUCAGGUAUGGGAAUACCUAAUCAAUCUCUCAUGCUGUGAAGAGGUACUUGACCUUAUUCUGUAUUUUUAUAUGAACUAUUUCAUUUCUUGUUUUAUAUAUUCAUUUCACUUUUAAUCUUGUAACCUGGCUGCUGCAGAUGUAGCUGAAUUGAUCCUAUUCUUUGUCUAUUAAAUAUGGAUUUGGAUAAUUAUCCGAAUAUUUUUCCAAUUAAUAUUUUGUUAAAGCAUAUUUUUGUCUUUUUUUACUACCCAUUCAUUCACUAUUGCCUGUGAUAGAAGUUGAUAAUUGCAUUAAUGGAAACAGGUUCAAGUCCUCCACAUGUAAAACAUGAUAUAAAAGAUAUUUUCUAAUUUGUAUAGAAAAUGCUCAUGUAGUAGUUUGCACGAACACUAUUGUAAAAUACAAGGAUUAAAUUAUUGUUUAUUGAUAUUAAAUGUUAUUCUAACAUUGGUAGGAUGCAAAAUUUUGUGCAAGCAUAUGUAAAAAAUAAUAUCACUCAUGGACCACUAUCCCACAUUUUCUCCAUCUGUUAAGAUGUGUGAUUGAAAUAAUUGGCCAUGAUUCAAUGAAAGAAUUAAUCAUUACUGGUUAAUAGAUUUGUGUGGGUGUUUGAGUUGCUAGUGAAAUUUUUAUUGAAAUCUGAAGACUUAAUUCUUUUGAUCUUUGUGGUAUAGAAUUUUUACAUAAAAAUGAAAAAUAUUCAGCAUAUCAAUUCUCUUAAUAUUUAGUUUUUUUAAGUGUGAACAGAAGUAAUAGUAUGUAUGUUUAGAAUCAGUUCUUAAUUUUACUCUGUAGAUUUGUAAGGGAUCUAAAUACUAUGUUUCAUUGAUACAAAAAAAAGAGCUAUGAUCUUUGAUCAACUUGAUCAUGAAAAAAAGUACAUCUCUUUUCAAGUUCCUGUUACGAGUGUUAUGUUUCACUUUUACCUGAGGUUUAGAUUGUCAUCUGGCUGUAAAUUAUAUGUAUAGGAGGUGCACUUACGUCUUUUGGCAACUUUUAAAAACAUAUUUAGUGUACUCCCCUAUUGAAAUUAUUAACUGUAAAUUGAAAGAGUAAAAGGAACCCUUUGGAACACUGACUUUUAUCCUGUCUCUUAGGCACAGAAGGAAAUAAAUCAGUUCUUUUUACUUGUAUGCAUAUUUUCAGUAAUCAGGUAAACACAUGACUGAUUGCUUGUUGGAUAGAUCAUAGUGCACAUGUACAUAAAUCAUUUUCUUCCUCUUCUUUGUCUAGGGUGCUAUACUUAAUCAUAUGCUAAGUAAGUAUUUUAAAUACAUAUAGAGCUAUGUUUUUUAGUGACUGCAUUUUGUUAAAUCACUAUGUAAAAGGCAAAUACAAAGCUACUUUAUUAUUUACAUUUGUAUCCAUUAUGAAUCUGAUGUUUAGAAAGUUGUACUUAGUAAGAAUCUAAUUAAACAAUUAGGUUUCCUUUUAUCUUGUAAAUGGGAUUCAUUUUAUCUCAUUUAAAAUUGUGAUUUUAGUGUUAAUGUGUACAGUAUUUAUUAGAUGCUUAAAAGAUAAUUCUUAAUCAUCCAAUUUGCAUUUUUAUUUAAAAAAAAUUUCAUAGCAUUUCUUUAAAGGUCAGUUUAUAUUCUCUUUUAAUAUUUUAAGACAUUGCAUUUCUGUUUAAUAAUGUGCUAUUGGUAUAGUAAAAUAAUCUGUUUUUAUUACAUAGGCAUUUGUGUUAUUUAAUAAAGUAUAUCGUGUUACAUCACUAUACUUUCAUUGGUAAUGACUGCUUUUGCAAAACAUUUUAUUCAAUACUUUGAUAAAUUAGAUAUGUAUUAUAUUAUGUGCUGCAAUGAUGUGUUUCCAAAUAUAUGUAAGAAAUAAAGGUAGAAAACAUAAACAGUAAUUUGAUCAAUAACUACCUCAACUCAUAUUUCAGCUUUAGGUAGCAGAAUGAUUGCAGACAUUUAUACAAGUUUCUAAUUUUUGAGUUUUUGAAAUGCUCUAAAUUUGUAACAUAGCCAGAAUUUUUUGCUGACAAGAAUUACUAAAGGAUACAAACUGAUGUGUGUGUGCAUGAAAUAAGUAAUCCACUAUUUUGACCAUCUACAUUGUUGUUUGAUUUCUAAGAUUCUUAAUGGUAUCUCUUACAUUUGUCUAUGGUGUGUUGAUUCUUGCAAAUUCUGCUAGAGUUCAUUGUGUUUUUAUAAGAUAUAUAUAUAUGUAUAUAUAUAUAUGAAAUUCAAAGCUUAUGUGCUACUUAUAUAAGUAGCACAUAAGCUAUGAAAUUCUUCGAUUCAGUAUUCUAAUGUAGAAACAACCAGAUUUUUUCCACAUGGGAAUAAUUUCAGACAUCUCUAGAAAAAGCGUGUAUUUAUAUAUUUACUUGUUUAUCAACAGAGCUGUUAACUUCAAGAUUGGGUUAUUUCUUUCUGCUUUUUCUUUUCUCUCCUGGAUUUUGGCAGUUCCUGAGGGUAUUAUCUUUUUGCCAUUUAGUCUUGCAGUUGUAGAUUUGAUUUCCUCAUGAAUGAGCUAGAACUUUAGAGAACUUCCGUAUCACCCCUAAUUCUGACAAGCAAAUUCUACUUUUCCUCUGGAACCAUCACAAGUACAUUAGAGUUCCAUAUGUAGACUAAGUUGUUCUGAAAGGUAUCACUAAUAAAAGAAUCAAUCAGUAAGAAUUAGGUCAUCUGAAAAUGACAUAUAUUUCAACAUUAUCUUUUCACAAAGCUAGCAUGUAAAAUCUUCGUUUUUCUGUUUACAUUAGUUCUUGAGCUGAAAAAUAACUUGAUUUUUAUAUUAAUUGAAAUCUGCAACAGAUAGGAACUACUUCAGUGUUGCAAACCUGUUAUUAAUUUAUUAACUGGAAACUCUUAUUUUACAACAAGAAUCACCUAAAUACAUGAAGAUGAAAAAAAUGAAUUAUGAUACACCUUUACAUUCAUAAUGGUGUUUGCCUCGUUAUAUACUAGGAAUCAUAAUUUGUAAAUUAUAGCACAGUUAUAAAAUAAAUAUUCAGUAAUUGUAAUUUGAUGUUGAACUAUGAAAAUAUUAAUGCCAUAACACCUCACUUACUGAGAACUCAGAUGAAUUGGCCAAAAAACUUGAAGUUUAGCAAAAAAGACUAAACAACCAAAAUUGUAUCCAUAUACUUAACUCAGUAGAAGUUCUUGUUUCCAUGACUUUUAACUGUCAAUUUGCAUAAUAUUAAGUUUAGUAGGCUGGUUUCUAAAUCCACAACAACUUAUUGUUGGGGACAAAUGCUCACUGACAAUGUCAGGAAGCAGUGGCUGAUAUUAUCAAGCAAGUGAGGACUUCGAAAACCUGUAGAAGUUAACACAAGAAUUCAAACAGAUCAGCCGACUAACGGUACUCAUUACGGGUACAAAGUGUUGGCACGCUGUUAGACACGUAGCAGUAUCUAUUAUUCAUAUUAUAACUCUGAGGUGACAAUGAUGGAGUGAAUUAUAUUUACUAUAUUGAUGAAGCAUAAUAUGUGAUUCCUUUUCAAUUUUCAGUCAAAGAUGACUGAUGUACUAGUUUUCAUGUUUGAAGGAGUAUGCCCUCAACUAUCUAGAAAUCGCUAUCUUCUCCUCAACUCAGAAAUACUUAUACUCUGAGGGUUCCUAUAACCAUAUAUAAAUGUAACUGAAAUUUUAGCUAUUGGAAGGUACAUAAGUUGUAUCGAGGGAAAAAGCAUAAAAUUGAGUGGGCUUAUCACUUAGUCUAUGUUACACUGGAGGUGGGCUGUAUUAUUUCCUAUUUUUUCUUAAUUCCAGAAAAACAGGUUUUUGAACAUUUUAACUGUUUUUGAAUAUAUACUUUGGAUGACGUAUUUAUAAUAUUGACAUAUUAAAUAAAGUAUUGUUAUUCCUAUUUGAUUUUAUCUGUUUCUGUGACUAGAAUUAUCAUAGUAAAAUUUUUUUGGAAUCCAUAUAAGGCUAACAUUUGCGGAAAUUUUGGUAUCUUGAGCCUAAAAGAGAAGAUUUUUGAGGAAGAAAAGUACGUAAGCUUAUUUGGUUCAUAAAGUGAAAAAUUGUAGAGAAAAAAACGCAUACAUUAUGACAUACAAUUGUGUUUUAAAUUUGUUAUACCUGAAUAACUUAGCUAAGUUGCUUAGCUUUUCUGAAACUCUGAUUUCCAAAAUGGGUCUUUGGGAGAUUGAGUAAUUGUAGGAUGAUAUGAAAUGUUUACUAUAAAUGUAGAUUAUAAUUCCCUUUAUUGUGAUGGGCAUUUUAAAGUCAAUUGUUUUUCUUUUGUAUUUUUUAUAAUAAGAGCUCCUUUCCCUUUUUUCUAACAAAGUUUAUUUAAUAGUAAUUUUGCACUUUAUUCAAAUAAUUUGUCUUCUAUAAGUUUUUCCUUCUAGUUUCUUAGUUGUGGAUCUCUCAGUUUAUGAAGUUUUAAAUCAGUAAGAAUAAUGAUAAAGACAAUCUGACAAUCUGACAGAAUUGGUUUGGAGAAAGUUUUUUUUUUUUUAAUAAAUAAAAAUAUUACAAAGAUUACACAAAGUGAAGAAGAUAACCACUUCUUUAAGAUGUAUACAUCUUAUUUGUUGUUAAAUUUUGGUCUUGUUAUUCCAACUGAUG